GAGAGGGAGGAUAAAAAUGAUAUUUUUUCCUUUAUUUUAUCUACAUUUACUCUGGAAUGGCAAUACUUACAAUGGAUUUAUAUUCCUUGGCGUCUUACCUUUCAAAUUAGACCAGAAAUAUGUAUAUGAGCCUUAUGGUUGAGGAGCGAUUCCUGAUUCAAUUUAGGUGUGUUAUUUUUCGCUGUAAGUUAAUUUGUGUUUAAAUGAGAAUAAAAAUAAUCAUGUAAAAAUGACCAAUUCCCCUAAUAUCACAAAUCAUAUCGAGAUUGCAAUAUCAGUCAAAAAUUAUCGCAAUUAAAUAUAUAUAAAAAAAUUGUUCAGCCCUAAUUCAUGUCUUCGCUGAGAAUGUUCCCAAGGACAAAUUGAAUAAGAACUGUUCAUGGAAAAUUAGAUGUUAAUGGAGGCAUAGAGGAAUUAAAUUAUUUCUUAAGCUGUGGGCCUCUAGAAUCCAAACAAUGACCCCACAAAGGUCCCAGGACUCCAGCUUGGGCGCCACUGCUGCAGGGCAUGUUGGGAGACGGUUCGUGCCUCAGGAUGGGUGUGGGUGACUGCCUGAUAAUCGGGACUGUGAGGGAGACGGAGUGAGUCAUUUUGUAGAAUUAACAGGGGGAUCACGCCAGUACACACACACACACACACACGCACACACGCCUACACACACACACACACACACACACACACAUGCCUACAUACACACACAUGCCUGGCAUGAGCAUCUGAUGAUUCAAUUCAAAUCUUAAUUCAAUUGAGUAGAGCUGAAUUCAUCACAGAAGCCAAUGGCACGAAACUGAUUCAGUGUGAAGGAUGCAAGACUAAUAAAAAAAAAAAAAAAACAGGAUGUAUCAUCAAAAUAAUGAGGAAAGAAAAAAUACAAACAAGAUGGUGAAGAGGGUGCAGGAUUUGACACUCGAGUGUUUGCAUCAGAAAAUGUGCUGCCGAAAGGUCAGCAGGAAAACACAAAGUGACAUAUUCUCCAGACAGAUGACUCACCAUUGAGUCUGUAGGAGUAAAGCAAUGCACAAACACACGCUCGCUAUCUGUUUAUCUUCUGCUCAUUCUUGUUACUCUGAUACACAUUCCUCCUUCACCUCUUUCCCGCUCAGUGAGAUGGAUGGAUAUGAAACACUUUUUCACAAAAAUCGAAACGGCGGUGUGCUUCUUUAUUAAAGAACUGCAAGAAGGACAGCGACUUCCUUCAGGUUACUGCACCAGGCUCAGCCUGAGGUCUGACUACUCAGCCAGACCCAAACAUACAGGCAAUUUAUUUAAUUUCAGUCGAUUCUGUGACUCAAUUCUAAAUGGGUGUCGCGAUGGAAAACAAAACGAUUAACAUUGUGAACCAACUCGGCGCUGGAAAAUGUGAUAGCUGCAUGCAAUUUUCUCAUGCUUUAUCACAAAAGCUCCUGCACAGGUGUUUUCACUUUUGCCUGAUUAGACCACCUCCCAGGACAGUGUGUGUGUGUGUGUGUGUGUGUGUGUGUGUGUGUGUGUGUACUCAUGCUAUGUUGCACUUGUUACGUUGUUAUAUGGUGACAUCAUAUAACUCGUAACUCCCAACAUAGUUUCACAAACAUUCAACUUUAGAAGAGAGCUAAGGGCAUGUUCAUCUAAUUACCAAUUUGUCAAUCGUGUCAAAGUCAACAUUCAAGUUGUGGUAACAACUGAGAGAGUUGGGAUUUUUCUGAUGCCAAAGUGUGUUUUAUCUGUGAUGCUACCUUUAGUUAAUUCUAGUUAGCAGGGAUUUUCAGUUGGCAACAACAUGAAGUCAAGAGAGUUUCACAUUUCUUUCAAAUAAACUUAAUUUGACCAAAUAAAACUAAAUACAAAAACAAUUUAACUAACCAACAACUGGGUGUGUUUGAAAUAAUAUAAGAAGUUAUGGACUGCUGAUAAAAAUGAUCUCAACCUACUACAUAGAGAUGAACGGGCAGAUCCCUGGGUUGAAUUCAAGAUGGUGGUUCCUCCAACGUUUCCAGUUGUGUUCCAGGUGUGGCGCUGGUCAGGUUUCAUGUCCUUGCCUUUCUGGAAAUGCAAACAGAGAAUUACACUUCAGGGAUCCACAGUAAAUUACUGUAAAAACAAAACAACCAAAACAGACCUGCUCCUGCUGCGAGGCGCAUCAUGUGCGGAAAUCCAUUUCACAGCUUGGUAUCGCGCGUCAUCUCGUCUCUCUGUGAUGUCUUUCCUGUCACAUCCUGCCGGCUGGAGCAGGAAACUCAUUGUGAAGGAUCACAGUGGUCUAUCAUGUUGCAGCCAAUUAAAACUGCAAUUCACGUUUACCUGAGGUUUGCGGUGACCAUUUUACCCCCUUUUUAGUCGUUUAGUUUUAGUUCAAAUUAAUUUCACAGCAGUAUGCAAUGAAAUCUACUUGAUGAAACGAAAUGUUGUCUCGGAAAACAGCUGAUUUUUGUUAAAGUUGAUUUAUCAUUGUCUAGUAAUGUAAUUGCAGAUCAGUUUUGAAUGCUCCUCUACGUUAGUGUGUUUAUGGAAGCUGUGAAGCAUAUUUCGUUCAACACUUCUGCCAAAAAUACCACAAGUGUGAGCUAUUAUGUCUGAAAGAUAAAAGCUGCGAGGCACAAAAAGCAAACAUGAACACUGGAAAAAGGGAUCACAUGAACUUCUUCCAUUAAAGGAUGAUGGUUUUGGGUGUUUUUUGGACGGCACAAGCUAAGAGGAUUUUAAAUUUUAAUGGAAUUUCUGCCCGGCACCCAUUUGCUAAAGUGAUUAUCUACAAUUAUUUGUAAUAUUAACGGUAUACAAUUUGUAGUUAAUGGGCUGAAACAUGCAAAACAGUAUAAUCCUCGAACACAGACAUAAAAGAAUCUGUCAUUAGACAGAUCCACUAUUGUUUUGCUAUAUUGUACUAUAGUAUUUGACACUAUAUAUUAUAUAAAACUGUACUGUACUAUACUGGACUAUAUAUUGUACGAUACCAUAUUAUACUGUAUACUACAAUGCUAUACUUUACACAGUAUUAUGCUAUACUAUGCUACACUACAACUUAUUCGACCUAACAUGAAGCUGUCCAACUGAAUAAGUUGGGUGUCUUUUGAGAUUUUAUUUAAAUAACAAGAAAGUAACUGUCAAACACAUAAUACUAAAUCAAUUCUUAUCAAAAAUAUAAAUCAGUCCAUGAACAAGAUCUGUUCCACCAAACUGAACUGUGCUUGAAUAAUGACUGUGCUCGACAGUGGUGUAGGUGAACAUGCAAAUGAAGUACUUAAGUUUGACCCGGGCAAUAAUAUGCUUGCUAGUAUCUUCAGUAUUUGAAGAACAGGUUGUACAAAGAUCAGAAAUCGUUCACUGCGUUUUAGCCCUCACGCGUGCAGGUCAUUUCCAUCAUUCUUUGAAAGAAAACAGAAAGUAAAUUACCGUUGCAUAUUCUGAACAUUUGCCAAAAUUCAAUUUUAGCCACGAUACUUCGGAAAAAUAGGACUUGAUAGUGUUGUUUCGAGGGUAGUCUUACAUGUCUGAACACCAGCUCCAUGAUAUUGUGACAGGUGACCUUAAUUGCACAGCAGGGUUUCUGUCUCCAUUUUAAUCCAGCCCAAGUGAGAAAAAGAGCCACUGGCACAGUGUUGUAUUUUUUUUAUAUUCAAUAGAGCAAUGUGGCCUCAGUUCACCUUACAAGAGCAGUUCAUGACACAAACAAAAACACAUUGUAACUAUGAUGGGAGACAUAAUGGAUAAUCAUUUUUCUCCCCCUGCUUAGCUCCAUGUGUCCAUAUUAGAUGCCUGAGAUGACGUGUUAGCAUGCAGUUCACUGACUGAGGUUAAGUAUGACUGCAGCAGCAGGUGUGCUGACAGGCUUGGCUAAGCUCAAACGCCAAGACUCCGCCCGCAAUCCACACGGGCCCUCAUCUACAGCGCCUGGCCAGGGAAACUCCAGCCAGGAAGCUGCCCCCAGAAAGCGGAAACGACGCACCGAUGUUGUGGUAGUGCGCGGUAGGCUCCACCUCUACUCCGCCUCGGGGUUUUUCCUCCUCCUGGGAUUGGUCAUCUUGGCCGUAGGGAUAUGCAUGGCGACGCUGGGUUACUGGCCGCACAGUGAAACCAUGACCUCGGCCAGAUCGUCGGCUGGAGGAGGAUCGAAGACAACAACCGCUGGAGGUGCUAAAACAUCUGCCACAGGUGAAGGAAAUGGAGCCGAGAUGGCCGUCACGGACGAGGACGUGGCCAACUCCAGCACGAGUCACGAUGUGCAAGGUACGCCCUCCAGGCAGACCGGUGGCGCUCUGACACGGUUCCUGGAACAGCAUCGUCACUCUGAGAGGAUGAAGAUGUUCGGGCCCUUCACCAUGGGCAUUGGGAUUUUCAUCUUCAUCUGUGCUAAUGCCAUUCUUCAUGAAAACAGAGACCGGGAAACUAAGAUCAUCCACAUGCGAGACAUGUACUCCACCGUCAUUGACAUCCAUCGGCUCAGGCAGAGAGAGCAGAAACAACACCAGCACCGCGACAGCACCUAUGCAAGAGAAGUUGGGGAUCUUCGAGCCUUUGGGGCUGACAGCGCAGCCCGGUUGGCCAGCAACUCCCUGCUGGCGUUCUCCUCUCGGGCCGGAGGCGGCGCUGGAGGGGAAGGGUCUGCAGAAGAGGAGGAGGUGCUGUUAGGGGACGAGGAGUUUCGCAGACAAGGGGGGCAGGCCAGGUUGGAUUGUAGCUUCGCGGGGCUGCUGGCGCCUCUCUACAAGGAUCACCCCUUCAGGCUGGCCCGCUCAGAGUCGGUGCGCCACCAGUGGUCGGUGGACAGAGAUGGGGAGAAGGGAGGACACCAUGCACGCUCUAUUGUCUCCUCCUCUAUCUCUGCAUUCACCCUCCCCGUUAUAAAACUCAACAACUGCGUUAUCGAUGAGCCGGAGAUGGAGGCGAUUACUGAGGAGGAGAGGGGAGGAGAGAGGCGGGACGGAGAGAGGUCACAGCCUUUGAGCUCCAUGGAGUCUCUGGUGGUUCCUGUAGCAUCCGUUGCCAAGGCCUCCAAACCGCCGGGCUUACACCGGAGCAACUCCGCCUCCUCUUCCUCCCACUGCUCCUCCGUCUCCUCUUACUCCCUCUCCCCUGCUCCCUCCUCUACCUCAGGCUGCUGGCUCUCCCCGGGAGCAGCAAGGAGUGACUUUGGCUCCAACUCCUCUCUGCACAUGCUCGGAAGCCACUCCAAGUCUCUGGACCUGGAGCGCGGACCGAGCAUGCUCAGCGUGCACCCGGAGCAGCGGAAGCACCCCAGCUGGCCCCGCCUCGACCGUAGCAACAGCAGCCGUUGUAACGGUGGCAAUCGGGGGGGCAGCAGCAGCAAAGGCUACGCGCGGCUGGAGGACAGGGAGGAGCAAGGGGAGCGGCUGUUGGAUGCGUCGGCGUCUGCGGCGGCAGCGAGACGCGAAUACAGCAGGCGGGAGAAGCUGCUAAUGAUAUCGAGGUCGCAUAACAAUCUGAGUUUUGAGCACGACGAGUUUAACAGCACCACACUGAAGAGGGGCAGCUCUGAGACUCGGUUCUGAACGUAAGGUACAGCUCUGUCCUGUUCUGUAAAUUGCUCUCCAGACUGUAAGAGUGUACAGUGCGUUUGUGUGGAGGACACUGACGAGCUAGAAAACUCAAAACGUGGUUUCAAAGAACACUUUUUGUCAGCGCCAGGAUGGAGAGUAGGAAGUAAUGGACCAUCUGGCACUGUCGAAGGUUCGGGCCUCAUGCCAGCACGGAGCUGAAUGCCUACUGUAGGUCCACAAAUGCUGUAUCUGACCCUGACCUGUGACCUCUGUGGAGGGAGCUACACGGAUCAAUACAAAUAAAUCACAUUACAACACGAGUCUACUUUUAACAGGAUCUCGAGUCUUUUGAAAAUUGCUUUUCUUAAAAAGUGUUACACGGUUUCGGUCCAGCAGCUGCUGGUGAACUCAAGGACACACUGGAAGCGCUUGGAGCAAAUUUCUUCCUCUGUGGGUGGCAGCGACACAAAAGGCAUAGUUUUUAUAACAAGGUCCAGGCACAACCUGAGAAAUGAACACGACCAGUUGAAUAUCAAAAAAGAAGAAGCUGAGACAGUAACAGUGAUAUGAAUGAUAUUAGUCUGUAUGGCACCUUUGAAUUGCUUAAUAUGGUUGUAGAGACGGACUGAAAAUGAUCAUUUUUAACUGAUCUACACAGAUAUGAAAACUAAACUCAUCCAAAAUCAGCUUGUAUAUAAUUUUUAUAAUAGCCUGGUGUAAACCUAUAUGGCAUACUGCAGCAACAAUGCUCUAAAGUCCAAAAGACAGAUAUUAGUGGUAAAGUAUUUGUUUUAAAGGCGGUUGAUGUGUGUGUGUAUGUGUGUGUGUGAGUGUCUGUAUGUUUUAUCCUCUGAUCGUAGCGGAUCUAGAGCUCCAUAAAAGUCAGACAAAAGCAGUUACUAUAAUGUCAGUACGCCACGGCACGGAUAUGAGUUAAAUAAAGACGCUGCAGGCUGCAAAAUACAAUAACGGAGUCCAUGUUGCCCUGCAGUCAUAAUAUUGCUGCCCUUUUCCAAGAACUAUAGUAAGUUUUGUCCGAUACUGAAAACUAGAAGUAAUAAAAAUGUUUAUGUCUCUGCUACCUGCAUCUCAAGUUAACUUCUUAUUAGAAAAUGUCCUCAGGAUGUGCAGUCUAUUAUUCAUAUGUUGAUCAUUUUUGUAGAGUUAUUCACAAACCUUUUCAGUAUGAGAGAAAGCCAUAAUAUUUAAUAUGUAUAGACUUGAGUAGGACCAGAAGUAUGAUCACUUAAGGCUGAAACUACUGAUGAUCAGCAAUUCAUUUCAAUCAAUCAAUGCUCUAUGAAAUGUCAAAAAUAAUGACAAAUAUUAAUCACAUCUGAGGCAUUUCUACCUGAUGAAUUACUUAAAAAAUUGAUUAAGAGAAGUGCCAUUGAUUAGUUUUAAGUCCAUCAACAAUUUUUUUGGCUCUGCACUAUUGAUUGUGAUGUACCGCCAUUGCACUCGAGCCAGCAGUUAGUCACCAUCUACACAUUUAUCUUGUAUAUCUGUGGAAAUCCAGUAAGCUUUAAGUUUCUAACAAUUUACAUAUGGUAUGCCAUCCCUAAACUCACUUCUGAGCAUUUUUGGGGCGAGAAAUCAACCGUGUAGAUCUAGAAUAUUGGCAGUUUUACAAAAAUGUAAUAUCUGCUCCAAUGUUUUCGGAGUUGAGAAGCUCCACAAACUGGCGCAACAACCACCGCUGUGAGCUGGCCGGAGCUCUCUCAAGAGACCGGUCUCAUAUACAAGAGGCUUUUAUUUCCCUCAUGACGGAUGGUUUGUUUAAAUAUCACAACACACACGUCCAUUAAAAAAUUAACGAGAACCUGUGGUUAUCUCGGCAGCCGGCCAGUCACGCUCACAGACGGGCAAAGGGACAGAGCGGCCUCUGACGAGGCAGAGACACAACAUGACCCUGACUAAUAGGAAUGCACUCUUCAAUAUUGUAGAUGUAUAUUUCCACUGUUUUGUUGCUGGGACCGAAAAAGCAGUUUGAGCAAAUUUUGUCGAGCAAUGUUUUGUAAUUACAGUUGAUUUUUUUGCCCCAGUGCUUUCAGAACUUGUUUAUGCAGUAUGUACUGAAUACUGCAUUUAUCAUUAGUAUGUAGUAGACGGUUUUGAAUACAGCCCGGGGCUCUGCUCAUUUCUGAUAUUUCCCCAAAGAUCUUUUUCCUCCUUUAAAUAACAAAAAAAACAAUUACAGAUUAUAAAAAAGGACUUUAAAAUAUGAUACAUGCUGUUUUCUGCUAUAGUUCCCGUUUGUCUACGUAUCUUAGCCUUUUAUUUAUUUCAUUUUUUGGGACUUUUUUCUUUUUUAGGAGUGCAGGAUUCUUACCAGAGAGCUUCAUCAACUGGUUCCCAGCAGAGAAUGCGUCAGUGUCCAAAUAAAUUGUAUUUUCACUGUAA